AUGGAUCACGAAUCAUUUGUUACAUCCAUUGAUACUAAAGAAGAAACAUAUCUAUACGGUCAAUCAUUCUAUCAACGAUUCAUAAUACAAGAUGUAGUGAAAAAUUUCACUCCUGCUUAUUUUGUCAGUGUAAUGGGUACAGGUAUAUCCUCUUCAUUGCUUUAUAGAUUCCCUUAUCCUAGUCGAUGGCUAGAAAUAUGUGGAUAUAUCAUGUUUGGACUUGCAUGUGUUUUGUUCUUGAUUAAUGUUACUUUGUUUAUCAUGAGUUGUGUUUACUACAAGGGGAGAUUUACUAGUUAUCAUGUUGAUCCUUCCAGACUGGUGUAUAUGGGCUCUUUUUCCAUGGGAUAUAUUACAAUUGUCAAUUUUAUAACAAUUAUAACAAAAGGAAAACAUGUUUACUUGGUUUGGAUACUUUGGUGGAUUGCUGUUGCUUCAGCCAUUUAUACUGCUUUUAUUGUGGUUUAUUUUUCAUUUAUGUCAAAACUAAAUCUGGUUGAACUUGAUGCUAAACUAAAUGCCAAUAUUUUAUUACCAAUAGUUACAAUCACCGUGGUAUCAUCAUGUGGACACAACAUUGAGAUGGAAUUACAUUCCAUAAAUGAGACUAUAGUAACUAUGUUGACAAGUUUCAUGCUUUGGUGCUUAUCUGUAAGUUUAGCCAUGAUGAUCAUAACUAUCUACAUAUCAAGAUUAAUUAUUCAUAAAAUCCCAAAUACUCAAAUAAUCAUGACUGGAUUUUUACCAGUUGGGUUCUUGGGUCAAUCAUCAUAUAGUGUUUAUUUAUUUGGCAGCAAUUUGAACCAACUCAUUCCUAAAGAAUUAUUAUACGGAAAGAUUUUCUUAUGUAUAUGUGGAUUCUUUUCGUUAUUCCUAGUUUGUUUGGGUUAUUUUAUGUUGUUUGUUGCCAUUAUCUCUAUUUUCUCCAAGAUAAAACCAUUUGCAAGAACACCACAUCACGAGCAUACAAAUAGGUAUGGUUUGUUGAAGUUGAAUAAAAGCUUCUGGUCCAUGACAUUCCCUUUGGGAACCAUGUCUUUGUCAAAUACCAUUAUUGGUGGUGGUGAAGUUGGAAAUUACCCCUUGUUGACAUUCAAGAUCAUGGGCUGCAUUUUUGCAGUUGCUUGUAUUGUUAUUACGACAAGUUGCUGCAUUGGGGUUGUGCUAUACUCCAUUAAAAAGUUGCGAUUAGAUUACAUAAAUAGUUAUAAGUAUAAUAACAAUUGCAUAGCGUGA